CCUGCGCUGGCUGCCCCUCGGACAACCAGUCUGUCUCGAAUUCUCGAUCGGUCUGUCUUGGCUGCCGUGCGCAUUGGCGCAUCGAUCUAUCAAGCCCACGUUUCUUGAUACUCCCAGCGACAUUGCUUCGAUGGCGUCGCUUGCUCUGCAGCUGGUGCAGCUGGUGCUGUUCACGCUUCUCCUGCUGCCGCAACUCCUCGUCUCCGUCAGCUGCGCCAAGUCGUGCUUCUGGCCGAGCUCGGCGCGCGACGACGGCGGCUGCCUGAGCUGGCGCGUCAUGGUGGAGGCGAACAACGCGAGGGGCUGGCGCACGGUGCCGGCGCCGUGCGUCGGGUACGUCAGGAGCUACAUGACGCGGGGCCAGUACGGGAGGGACCUGGACAGCGUCAUGGAGCAGGUGUCCGCCUACGUCGACCAGAUCGCCGCCGCCGACGACGGGCUCGACGCCUGGAUCUUCGACAUCGACGACACCUGCCUCUCCAACCUGCUCUACUACCAAGCCAAGCGCUUCGGGGCGUACGAUCCAUUGGCUUUCAAGAACUGGGCUAGCCAGGGGGCCUGCCCGGGGAUACCUGCAGUUCUUCAGUUGUUCAUGACACUGCAAGACAAGGGAUUCAAGCUCUUCCUUCUCUCCGGGAGGGACGAGGAGACCCUAGGCUCGUGCACGUCCGAGAAUUUGGAGUCAGAGGGCUUCUCAGGGUACGAGAGGCUCCUGAUGAGAACUCCUGAUUACCGGGGGCAGAGCUCGUCGGUGUUCAAGUCGGCGAUGAGGAAGCAGCUGGUGGACGAGGGCUACAGGAUCCGCGGCAACGUCGGGGACCAGUGGAGCGACCUGCAGGGCGACAACGUCGGUGACCGUGUGUUCAAGAUACCAAACCCGAUGUACUUCGUGCCGUGACCGUGAAACAGCGGAUCGCCGGCGUCCGGCGUUGUGGCUGUGCCUGCCUAACUAAUUCGUCAGGCAGAUUAGUGCAGAUUAACGAAAUCAGUGUUCAAGGGGUCUUGUAAACAAACGGCCGAAAUGUGGCAGAACAAGCGAAGGACUUAAAAGUGCAGUGCACCCUCUAAUCGAACAAA